CUGCAGCUGGUACUGACGUCAUUUGUGCAGUUGCAGAUAUAUUGAUUUUUCUUAUUGGAACAACUUAAAGAGGUUUUUCACAAAUCUAUUGAAAUCAUGGGAGACUCCCUUGAUGGGAGUGAAAAUGCCCCAGAAGCGCAAAAUGUGGUAGUCGUUGAUUUCCAAGACUUCGCAAAUUACCUUCGUCGCGCUGCAACGGUACUUUUACCGGAGGAUGACAUCGUGCCACCGGCAUUGAAUGCAGCUCUAGACGAUAAAGUUAAUCAAGAUUGCAUUAGAAAGUUUAUUUCCGAUUUUCAAGUCUCUUCGUUGUACGUACAGAGAUUUUCCCUUAAAGAAACAUUUCUUGUUGCAGAAGAUGACAGUGAACAGCCAACAGAAGGUGAAGAGGAAAAGGAGGCAGUUACCUAUCAGAUCGGCAAUGAGGUCCACUUUACAUCACCACGAGUGGCAGCAUUGGUUUGUAUCAAAAGAGGUGCAGUGAUAGAAGCGGAUAAGUCUAUCCACAGUCAACUCCGCCUUAUCAAUUUGUCUGAUGGGUCUCCUUAUGAAACUCUACAUGCCUUCAUUAGCAAAACCAUGGCUCCAUUCUUUAAAAGCUAUGUAAAGGAGAGUGGAAGAGCUGACAGGGAUGGAGACAAAAUGGCACCAUCUGUAGAAAAGAAAAUAGCUGAGUUGGAAAUGGGUCUCUUACACCUUCAACAGAACAUUGAUAUUCCAGAAAUAACUCUGCCUGUUCAUCCUUUGGUAGCUGCUAUCAUAAAGAGAGCUGCAGAUGAGGGCCGAAAACCACGUGUGGCCGAUUUUGGUGAUAAGGUAGAAGAUUCAACAUUUCUUAAUCAGCUACAAAAUGGAGUAAACCGUUGGAUAAAAGAAAUUCAAAAGGUGACUAAACUUGAUCGUGACCCAUCAAAUGGCACGGCCCUUCAGGAGAUCUCGUUUUGGCUUAAUUUGGAGAGAGCCCUGCAUCGCAUUCAAGAAAAAAGAGAAAGUAUUGAGGUUGCAUUAACACUGGAGAUCUUGAAAUAUGGCAAGCGUUUCCAUGCCACAGUCUCAUUUGAUACUGACACUGGUCUAAAACAAGCCCUUGCUACUGUUUCUGACUACAACCCACUCAUGAAAGACUUUCCAAUUAAUGAUUUACUCAGUGCUACUGAACUUGAAAGAAUAAGAUUGGCAGUUCAACAAAUAUUCUCCCAUCUACGUAAGAUCCGAUCCACGAAAUACCCAAUCCAACGUGGGCUGAGGCUUGUUGAAGCUAUCUCGCGUGAUCUUGGACAACAACUACUCAAGGUUCUAGGUACCCGGCGUUUGAUGCACAUCCCCUUUGAAGACUUCGAAAGAGUAAUGACGCAAUGCUUUGAAGUGUUUUCGUGCUGGGAUGACGAAUAUGAAAAACUUCAGGGAUUAUUGCGCGAUAUAGUAAAGAAAAAGCGAGACGAGCACCUUAAGAUGGUAUGGCGUGUCUCGCCGUCCCACAAGCGUCUUCAAGCUCGUAUGGAGCAUAUGCGACGCUUCCGUCGGCAUCACGAGCAGCUUCGCACUGUUAUGUUGAGGGUGCUACGUCCUCGAGCAACUCCAGCAGCUGAUACUGGCGGUAGUGGAGAACCAGCUCAACACCACUCCCUGCCCAUGGAUGCAGCAGAUGCCAAUGCCAUUGCUGAGGUAAACCUCGCUUACGAGAACGUGAAGGAAGUGGACUGCUUGGACAUAUCUCGCGAAGGAUGCGAUGCGUGGGAGGCGGCAGUGCGACGUUAUGAAGAUAGAAUUGAUCGCGUUGAGACCCGUAUAACAGCACACCUUAGAGACCAACUGGGUACAGCAAAGAACGCCAACGAAAUGUUCCGCAUCUUCUCUCGGUUCAACGCUUUGUUCGUCCGUCCGCACAUCAGAGGUGCCAUACGGGAAUAUCAAACACAACUCAUUCAACGUGUCAAGGACGACAUUGAGAAACUUCAUGAAAAGUUUAAGGUGCAAUAUCCUCAAUCGAAGUGCUCCCGACUAUCUUUGGUACGUGAUCUGCCACCUGUAGCUGGUUCUAUUAUUUGGGCAAAGCAAAUCGAUCACCAAUUGACAGCCUAUUUGAAGAGAGUUGAAGAUGUACUUGGCAAAGGUUGGGAGAACCACAUCGAAGGACAAAAGCUAAAAGCAGAUGGCGACAGUUUCCGACUUAAACUCGAUACCCAAGAAGUGUUUGACGAAUGGUCACGAAAGGUACAACAACGCAAUCUAGGCGUAUCAGGCCGUAUCUUCGCCAUAGAGACAGUCCGCGCUCGGUCUACUAAAACUGGAGCUACAAUACUUAAAUUGAAAGUUAACUUUUUGCCCGAAAUCAUCACGCUGUACAAGGAAGUGCGCAAUUUGAAAAAUUUGGGAUUCAGAGUUCCUCUAGCGAUCGUGAACAAAGCUCAUCAAGCGAACCAACUUUACCCGUUUGCCAUUUCGCUCAUAGAAAGCGUACGUACGUACGAACGGACGUUGGAAAAGCUAAAUAAUAGGAACCAUACAAAGAUACGCGACAAGGCAUCUAUAAUUCCUCUGGUGGCUGGUUUACGUCGAGAUGUGCUGAACCAAGUAUCGGAGGGGAUGGCACUUGUAUGGGAGUCGUACAAACUCGAUCCAUACGUGCAGAAACUGAGUGAAGUUGUUCUUAUUUUCCAAGAAAAGGUUGAAGAUCUUCUGGCGGUUGAGGAGCAAAUAUCUGUAGACGUACGUUCUCUGGAGACGUGCCCGUACUCCGCUCAAAGCCUCGCGGAAAUCCUCAGCCGAUUGCAGAGGGCCAUUGAUGAAUUAUCUCUUAGACAGUACAGCAACUUACAUCUGUGGGUGCAGCGGCUCGACGAAGAGGUUGAAAAAAGUUUAGCUGCUCGUUUACAAGCUGGAAUUGAAGCUUGGACCGCAGCAUUACUUGGAAAGACGAACGAGAUGGACCUGUCUAUGGAUACAUACUCUCCCACUGAGCCAACACACAAACCUGGGGGUGAACCAGAGAUCGCUCGCGUCGUACACGAAGUGCGUAUAACGAACCAGCAAAUGUACUUAUUCCCGUCGCUGGAAGAGGCGCGUUUUCAGCUAAUGCGGCAGAUGUUCGCCUGGCAGGCUGUUGUUACCAGCCAGCAUCGCUUGCAGAGUACUAGGUAUCAAGUAGGAGUCGCUCGCGCACAAACAGCUACGUACAGAAACCUACUCACCAAACUGCCGGGAGCCGCUUCGCCACUCGAGAAUGUAUAUGAUGCGAUUGAGAAGAAAAUAGCGCAAGUACGAGAAUAUGUCGAUGAAUGGCUACGUUAUCAAGCCCUAUGGGAUCUGCAACCCGAGACCUUGUAUGGUCGACUGGGAGAAGAUAUUACCUUGUGGAUUAAAUGCCUCAACGACAUAAAGAAAUCUCGUACGACAUUCGAUACUUCGGACACGCGCCGUGAAUACGGGCCCGUGGUGAUUGAUUUCGCUCGCGUGCAAAGUAAAGUCGCGCUGAAGUACGACGCGUGGCACAAGGAAGUGUUGGGCAAAUUUGGUGCACUCCUUGGUGGGGAAAUGGUGGCCUUCCAUGGCAGCCUCGCCAAGUCCAGGGGACAACUGGAACAGCAAACCAUUGAGGCAGCAUCCACCAGUGAUGCGGUAUCUCUUAUCACGUAUGUACAACAACUGAAGCGUGAGGUGUUGGCUUGGGAAAAGCAAGUCGAUAUUUACCGAGAGGCUCAGCGUAUUCUGGAGAGACAAAGAUUCCAAUUUCCAUCUACUUGGCUCCACGUUGACAAUAUAGAAGGAGAAUGGAGCGCAUUUAAUGAAAUCAUGCGCAGGAAGGAUUCUUCGAUUCAGACACAAGUGGCAUCACUCCAACAAAAGAUCGUUGCUGAAGACAAAGCGGUCGAAUCUCGUACAGUUGAAUUCCUCACUGAGUGGGAACGUAGUAAGCCCACUGAUGGCUCUACUCGACCAGAAGACGCUUUGGUCCGUCUUAAUGCGAUGGAGACACGGUACACGCGCCUUAAAGACGAAAGGGACAACGUUGCUAAGGCAAAAGAGGCUUUAGAACUUCAUGAUACAGGUAGCUCAGUGAACAACGAGCGCAUGACAGUCGCUCUAGAGGAAUUGCAAGACUUGCGCGGUGUUUGGUCUUCGCUUAGCAAGAUCUGGACACAAAUCGACGAUAUUCGCGAUAAGCCCUGGCUCUCUGUACAGCCUAGGAAGCUCAGGCAACAGUUAGAAGCAAUGUUGAAUGAGUUGAAAGAAUUACCAGCUCGCUUGCGUAUGUACGACAGCUAUGAAUACGUUCGCAAGUUGCUCCAGUCUUACACAAAGGUGAACAUGUUGAUUGUGGAGUUAAAAUCGGACGCCCUCAAAGAGCGUCACUGGCGUCAACUGUGCCGCGCCUUGAAAGUGGAAUGGUCUCUGUCUGAGCUGACCUUGGGCCAGGUUUGGGAUGCGGACCUUCUGCAUAAUGAACAUACUGUGCGCGAUGUUGUGUCAGUGGCGCAGGGAGAGAUGGCUCUCGAGGAGUUCUUGAAGCAGGUUCGUGAAUCGUGGCAGAGUUACGAACUGGACUUGAUCAACUAUCAAAACAAAUGCAAGAUAAUUCGUGGUUGGGAUGAUUUAUUCAACAAAGUUAAGGAGCAUAUAAACAGUGUUGCUGCUAUGAAGCUGUCGCCUUAUUACAAGGUGUUCGAAGAAGAAGCUCUCACAUGGGAAGAGAAACUCAACCGUAUCAACGCGUUGUUCGAUGUGUGGAUCGAUGUGCAGAGACGCUGGGUCUACCUCGAAGGCAUCUUCAGUGGUUCCGCCGACAUCAAAACUUUGCUACCGGUUGAAACUAGCCGAUUCCAGAGCAUUAGUUCUGAAUUCCUCGGUCUUAUGAAGAAAGUAAGCAAAUCGCCAAUGGUUAUGGAUGUAUUGAAUAUUCCUGGAGUACAGCGAUCUCUUGAACGUCUUGCAGACUUACUUGGAAAAAUACAAAAGGCUUUGGGUGAAUAUCUAGAAAGAGAAAGAAGCAGUUUUCCAAGGUUCUACUUUGUGGGAGACGAAGAUCUCUUAGAGAUAAUUGGUAACAGCAAGAAUAUUGCUCGUCUUCAAAAGCACUUUAAGAAGAUGUUUGCGGGUGUUAGUGCAAUUAUUCUGAAUGAGGAUAACACAAUCAUUAACGGUAUCGCUUCACGGGAAGGCGAAGAAGUAUACUUUACAUCGCCGGUAUCAACAGUUGAGAAUCCCAAAAUCAACUCCUGGCUCUCAAUGGUCGAGCGAGAGAUGCGCGUUACCCUCGCUUGUCGUCUCAAAGACUCAGUCGCUGACGUAAAGCAGUUCAAAGACGGAAAUGUCGACCCGCAGAAGUUUAUCGAAUGGUGUGAUAAAUAUCAAGCUCAAAUAGUUGUGUUGGCCGUACAAAUUCUCUGGUCCGAAGACGUGGAUGCAGCUUUAGUCGGCGGCGGAGGUGAUGGCCUCAAGCGAGUGUUAUCUCACGUUGAGAACAUGUUAAAUAUACUUGCCGACUCUGUACUACAGGAGCAACCGCCUUUGAGAAGAAAGAAACUGGAACAUUUGAUAAACGAGUUUGUUCACAAGCGAACGGUAACACGACGUCUCAUCGCCAAUGACGUCAACAGCGCGCGCUCGUUUGAUUGGCUCUCAGAGAUGCGAUUCUACUUUGAUCCUAGGAACAAUGAUGUUCUUCAACAACUUACAAUUCAUAUGGCAAAUGCGAAAUUCUUGUAUGGUUUCGAAUACCUCGGCGUGCAAGACCGCUUGGUACAAACGCCGCUUACAGACCGCUGUUACUUGACCAUGACCCAGGCUUUGGAGGCAAGACUUGGUGGUUCACCUUUUGGUCCGGCUGGUACCGGUAAAACGGAAUCCGUAAAAGCUUUGGGUAACCAACUGGGUCGGUUUGUGCUCGUCUUCAAUUGUGACGAGACGUUCGACUUCCAGGCCAUGGGAAGAAUCUUUGUUGGUCUAUGUCAGGUCGGCGCUUGGGGUUGCUUCGACGAGUUCAAUCGUCUGGAAGAGAGGAUGUUAUCAGCUGUAUCGCAACAAGUUCAAACCAUACAGGAGGCACUAAAGAGUCAUCAGGAAGGCGAUAAUACAGCAAAGUCGAUCACAGUGGAGCUGGUUGGCAAACAAGUCCGUGUCAGUCAAGAUAUGGCCAUUUUCAUAACAAUGAACCCUGGAUACGCCGGUCGUUCCAAUCUUCCUGAUAACUUGAAAAAGCUGUUCCGCAGUCUUGCUAUGACCACACCCGAUAGACAGCUCAUUGCAGAGGUUAUGUUGUUUAGCCAAGGGUUCCGAACUGCUGAGAAACUGGCCUGCAAGAUUGUUCCCUUCUUCAAGCUCUGCGACGAACAACUGUCCAACCAGUCUCACUACGAUUUUGGACUUCGAGCUCUGAAAUCCGUACUUGUCUCCGCUGGUAACGUCAAGCGUGAUCGCAUUCAGAAGAUAAAGGAAAACCUUAAAGAACGCGACACAGAAGUGCCCGAUGAGGCCUCAAUAGCGGAAUCUCUCCCAGAACAAGACAUUCUUAUCCAAUCAGUUUGUGAGACCAUGGUUCCUAAGUUGGUAGCAGAAGAUAUUCCUCUACUCUUCUCUCUGCUUAAUGAUGUAUUCCCCAACGUUGGAUACACACGAGCUGAAAUGACCGGUCUUAAGAACGAAAUUCGUGCCGUUUGUGCUGAAGAAUUCCUCGUAUGUGGAGAAGGCGAUGAGCAAGGAAACACCUGGAUGGAAAAGAAGCUCAGCGCAGCGUCGCGAGCGCAACACAGCACGUGGAUCGAGAAGGUCCUUCAACUCUACCAAAUCUGCAAGUUGAAUCAUGGUCUAAUGAUGGUGGGUCCUUCUGGAAGUGGAAAGUCUACAGCCUGGCGUGUUUUAUUGAAGGCAUUAGAAAGAUUUGAGGGCGUAGAAGGUGUUGCCCACGUGAUUGACCCUAAGGCUAUGUCUAAAGAAACCUUAUACGGUGUUUUAGACCCUAACACCCGUGAAUGGACCGAUGGAUUGUUUACUCAUAUAUUAAGAAAAAUAAUUGAUAAUGUGCGUGGUGAAAUAAACAAACGACAAUGGAUCAUAUUCGAUGGUGAUGUUGAUCCUGAGUGGGUGGAAAAUCUUAACUCAGUGCUGGACGAUAACAAACUGCUUACUCUACCAAACGGUGAACGAUUGUCUCUACCGCCCAACGUACGGGUUAUGUUUGAGGUUCAAGAUCUGAAAUACGCAACGCUGGCUACAGUCUCUCGUUGUGGUAUGGUGUGGUUCUCCCAAGAUGUCCUCACAACUGAGAUGAUCUUUGAAAACUACCUUCUUAGAUUACGGAACAUUCCUCUUGAAGACGGAGAAGAAGAUUCAUUUAGCAUUGUGAUGGCAGCACCUACAGCAGGUGGUGAUCAAAACGCCACCGAAAACAUUCUUUCCCCAGCAUUGCAGACCCAACGCGAUGUUGCUGCAAUUCUGCAACCAUUAUUCUACGGCGACGGUCUGGUUGUGAAAUCUCUGGAAAGAGCGGUGUCCCUCGAUCAUAUUAUGGACUUCACAAGACAUCGGGCACUUUCUUCGCUGCACUCUAUGCUUAAUCGUGGAGUAAGGAACAUCCUUGGCUAUAACCGCCAGCACCCAGAUUUCCCCGUGACGAAUGACCAGCUAGAGGCAUACGUACCAAAGUGGCUCGUGUAUUCUCUUCUGUGGUCAUUUGCUGGGGACGCAAAACUGAAGGACCGCAAUGAAUUAGGAGACUUUAUACGUUCCGCCAGCACCAUGCAGUUGCCGAACUGUGGUGCUAAUCAACAUAUCAUUGACUUUGAGGUGUCGAUAACCGGUGAAUGGGUACCGUGGUCUGCCAAAGUGCCCCAAAUUGAAGUGGAAACUCACAAAGUGGCUGCUCCCGAUGUGGUAGUGCCAACACUUGACACCGUUCGUCACGAGUCCUUACUUUACACUUGGCUGGCUGAACAUAAGCCUUUAGUGCUCUGUGGACCACCCGGUUCCGGAAAAACAAUGACGCUGUUCUCCGCAUUGCGAGCCUUGCCCGACAUGGAAGUUGUGGGACUUAACUUCUCGUCGGCCACCACCCCCGAAUUGCUACUUAAGACGUUUGACCAUUACUGUGAAUAUCGCAAAACACCUAAUGGAGUUGUAUUAGCACCUGUACAGUUGGGAAAAUGGCUCGUUCUGUUCUGCGACGAAAUCAACUUGCCGGAUAUGGAUCAAUAUGGCACUCAACGUGUAAUAUCCUUCUUGAGACAACUUCUAGAACAUAAAGGCUUCUUUAGAGCUAGCGAUCAUUCCUGGGUACAUUUGGAACGUAUACAAUUCGUUGGGGCGUGUAACCCUCCAACUGAUCCGGGCCGUAAGCCGCUCUCUCAUCGUUUGCUUCGACACGUGCCCGUUAUAUACGUCGAUUACCCUGGAGAGACAUCCCUUGAACAGAUCUAUGGCACCUUCACUCGGGCCAUGCUUCGAAUGCAACCAGCAUUGCGUGGCUAUGCGGAACCUCUAACCCAAGCUAUGGUAAAGCUGUAUCUCGCCUCGCAAGAACGCUUCACUCAAGACAUGCAACCGCACUAUGUGUACUCGCCCAGAGAGAUGACCAGAUGGGUGCGAGGCAUUUGUGAAGCUAUCAGACCACUGGACAAUUUAUCAGUAGAAGGUUUGGUGCGACUUUGGGCUCAUGAAGCUCUGAGAUUAUUCCAAGAUCGUCUCGUGGAUGAUGUAGAACGCCAGUGGACCGAUGAAAACAUUGAUACUGUUGCCAUGAGAUUCUUCCCAGGUAUCAACAGGGAACAAGCACUUGAAAGACCGAUUCUGUACAGCAACUGGUUGAGCAAAGAUUACAUACCAGUUCAACGCGAUCAACUUCGCGAAUAUGUAAAGGCCAGGCUUAAGGUAUUCUACGAAGAAGAACUGGACGUACCCCUGGUACUGUUCGAUGAGGUGUUAGAACACGUGCUUCGGAUCGAUCGUAUCUUCCGCCAGCCACAAGGGCACUUGCUGCUCAUUGGAGUUUCUGGUGCUGGUAAAACCACCCUCAGCAGAUUCGUCGCUUGGAUGAAUGGUCUUAGCAUCUUCCAGAUCAAGGUGCACAACAAAUAUACGGGUGCCGAUUUUGAUGAAGAUCUCCGAUCGGUGCUUCGCCGCGCUGGAUGUCGCGAUGAGAAGGUUGCCUUUAUACUUGACGAGUCCAACGUUCUCGACAGUGGUUUCCUUGAGAGAAUGAACACGUUGCUCGCUAACGGAGAGGUUCCUGGAUUAUUCGAAGGAGACGAAUUCGCUGCUCUUAUGACGCAAUGUAAGGAAGGUGCACAAAGGGAGGGACUUAUGUUGGAUUCGAACGACGAGCUCUACAAAUGGUUCACAGGGCAAGUCAUGCGCAAUCUACACGUAGUAUUCACAAUGAACCCAUCUUCAGAAGGAUUAAAAGACCGUGCUGCUACAUCACCCGCGCUCUUCAAUCGUUGUGUACUCAACUGGUUUGGUGAUUGGAGUGAUUCUGCUCUGUUCCAGGUGGGUAAAGAAUUUACGACCCGUAUGGACCUGGAUUCAUCAGAUUAUAUUCCACCAGAGCUGUUCCCAGCAGCGUGUAGUGUCGUAAGCCCCCGUCCGUCUCAAAGAGAAGCGGUCGUCAAUGCGUGCGUAUACGUGCACCAAACAUUGCAUCGAGCCAACGCUCGUCUUGCAAAGCGUGCUAACCGCACUAUGGCUAUCACUCCCAGACACUACUUAGAUUUUAUCCAACAAAUGGUGAAGCUGUACUCUGAGAAGCGCGCUGACCUCGAAGAACAACAGUUGCAUUUGAACGUAGGUCUUGGUAAGAUUGCAGAAACUGUGGAACAAGUCGAGGAAAUGCAGAAGAGUCUUGCUGUCAAGUCACAGGAACUCCACGCUAAAAACGAAGCCGCUAAUGCUAAACUGAAACAGAUGGUCAAAGAUCAACAAGAAGCCGAAAAGAAAAAAGUUGAAAGUCAAGAAAUUCAGGUCGCUUUAGAAAAACAAACAAAGGAAAUAGAGGAGAAACGUAAAGAUGUAAUGGCGGAUCUGGCUCAAGUGGAACCGGCGGUUAUUGAAGCACAAAACGCCGUGAAAUCUAUAAAGAAGCAGCACCUCGUGGAAGUGAGGUCCAUGGCCAAUCCCCCGGCGCUCGUCAAGGUGGCACUUGAAUCUAUCUGCCUGCUCCUGGGCGAGAAUACUACGGACUGGAAGGCCAUUCGUACGGUCAUCAUGCGGGAGAACUUCAUCAACAGCAUCGUAACCAACUUUUCGACCGAGGAUAUCACUGACGACGUUCGCGAAAAAAUGAAGACGCGAUAUCUAUCUAAUCCGGACUACAACUUCGAAAAAGUAAACAGAGCCAGUAUGGCUUGUGGUCCUAUGGUGAAAUGGGCCAUAGCUCAGAUUGAAUAUGCGGAUAUGUUAAAACGUGUGGAGCCUUUACGUAAUGAACUCCAAGCUCUAGAGGACCAAGCGCAGACAAAUGUCACAGCAGGAGAUGAAGUCCGUGAUUUGAUUGCUCAACUAGAGAAAUCUAUUGCGUCCUACAAGGAGGAAUACGCACAACUCAUCAGCCAGGCACAAGCCAUUAAAACUGAUCUCGAAAACGUUCAAGCUAAGGUGGAUAGGUCAAUUGCGCUUCUGAAGAGUUUGGUAAUAGAACGGGAAAGAUGGGAAUCCAGUUCAGAAACAUUCCGCUCACAAAUGAGCACAAUUGUAGGUGACGUCCUAUUAUCAGCAGCGUUCAUAACUUAUGGUGGAUACUUCGAUCAACAUUAUCGUCAAAACUUGUUCUCAACUUGGACCUCUCAUUUGGCUGCUGCUAAUAUUAAAUACCGGCCAGAAAUCGCCCGUACAGAAUAUCUAAGUAAUCCCGAUGAAAGGCUUCGUUGGCAGGCGAAUGCUUUGCCUACAGACGAAUUGUGUGUUGAGAAUGCUAUUAUGUUGAAGCGCUUCAACCGCUACCCGCUCAUCAUAGAUCCAUCAGGUCAAGCAACGGAGUUCAUAAUGAGAGAAUUCAACAAUCGAAAGAUCACCAAGACAUCAUUCUUAGACGACUCCUUCAGAAAGAAUUUGGAAUCUGCACUACGUUUCGGUAAUCCGCUGCUAGUACAGGAUGUGGAAAAUUAUGAUCCAAUCUUGAACCCAGUGUUAAAUCGGGAAUUGCGUCGAACAGGGGGUCGUGUUUUGAUUACACUUGGAGAUCAAGAUAUUGAUUUAAGUCCAUCAUUUGUUAUAUUCUUGAGUACUCGGGACCCAACAGUUGAGUUCCCACCUGAUAUGUGUUCCCGUGUCACAUUCGUCAACUUCACAGUAACGCGAUCUUCCCUUCAAUCACAAUGUCUGCAUAGAGUUCUGAAAGCUGAAAGACCGGAUAUUGAUACCAAGAGAUCUGAUUUGCUCAAAUUACAAGGUGAAUUCCAUCUACGUCUACGACAGUUGGAGAAAUCGUUGCUUCAAGCGCUCAAUGACGCUAAGGGCAAGAUCUUAGAUGAUGACUCAGUUAUUGCGACACUUGAGACUCUUAAGAAGGAGGCUGACGAUAUCGGUCAAAAGGUGGAAGAAACGGAUAAAGUUAUUGGUGAAAUUGAAACUGUCAGUCAACAAUAUCUACCGCUAUCUCAAGCCUGCAGUAGCAUCUACUUUACAAUGGAGUCGCUACACCAAGUUCAUUUCCUCUACCAAUAUUCUCUGAAGAUGUUCCUAGACAUAUUCAGUUCAGUUCUGAUAUCCCCCGGUCUAAAUGGUUUAUCAGAUUAUACUGCACGUUUGAAGAUCAUUACAGAUGAGCUAUUUACUACUGUUUACGAACGUGUUGCUCGCGGUAUGCUUCACACUGACCGACUUACGUUCGCCUUACUGCUGUGUCGCAUACAACUGAAGGGCGCAGGUGCCGCUGACACUUUGGAGAAACAGUUUGCUGUAUUCCUGCGAGGACGGGAAGGAUUCGUAUCAUCAGCGGUACAACCUCCAUUAGAUGCGCUUACAGCACAACAACAUGAAGCCGCUGCUAGACUCGGCUCUAGAUUGGUAGCAUUCCGAAAUCUGCUCGAAAAGGCUCGUUCACUGCCGGAGAUAGGCGCCUGGUUAUCACAAGCGGCUCCUGAACAAUGUGUACCGACCCUUUGGGACUCGGAGACCACAGCUCCCGAACAACCGCAUACAUUAGCCAUGUCCCGAUUACUGCUUAUACAGGCAUUUAGACCAGACCGUGUGAUCGCGGCAGCUACACAACUAGUGGCCUCAGUGCUGGGACAAUCGUUCAUGUCUCGCGCCGAAACUGAAAUGGAACUGACUACUCUAACUGACACCGAACUCAACGCGACCACACCAGCCUUACUAUGUUCUGUGCCCGGAUAUGAUGCCAGCGGUCGUGUUGAUGAUAUGGCGACCGAACUAAACAAGCCGCUAUCGAGUAUUGCCAUUGGUUCAGCCGAAGGUUUCAAUCAGGCCGAGCGCGCUAUUAACACUGCGUGCAAGACUGGCAGAUGGGUCAUGCUCAAGAACGUACACUUGGCACCUGUAUGGUUGGUCCAACUCGAGAAGAAGCUGCAUUCCCUUCAGCCGCAUCCCAGCUUCCGUCUCUUCCUCACAACAGAGAUCAGCCCCAAAUUGCCAGUUAAUCUGCUAAGGGCUUCCCGUGUGUUGGUCUUCGAACCGCCACCUGGCAUACGGGCCAACUUACUCAGGACAUUCGCAACGGUGCCAGCCGCACGUAUGAUGAAGCCACCUUCAGAGCGAGCCAGACUUUACUUCUUGCUGGCUUGGUUCCAUGGUAUUGUUCAAGAACGUCUUCGCUACGUACCUUUGGGAUGGGCAAAGUACUAUGAAUUCAAUGAGUCGGAUCUACGUGUGGCGUGCGACACUCUUGACACCUGGAUUGAUUCUACGGCUAUGGGUCGUACCAACCUACCACCAGAGAAAGUUCCAUGGGAGGCCAUAGUUCGUCUCCUCUCGCAAUGCAUCUACGGAGGAAAGAUUGACAACGCUUUCGACCAACGGCUGUUGCAUUCCUUCUUGACUAAGCUCUUCACGCCUAAGUCCUUUGAGGCCGACUUUGCACUUGUUGCUAAUGUGGACGGAGCGAGUGGUAACCAACGUCACAUAACAAUGCCGGAUGGCAACAGACGGGAUCAAUUCUUUAAGUGGAUAGAGGAGCUCUCUGAUCGCCAAUCACCUUCGUGGCUUGGACUACCCAACAACGCUGAAAAGGUACUACUGACAACUCAAGGAAGCGAACUUGUAUCUAAACUUCUCAAGAUGCAGCAACUUGAAGAUGAAGAGGAACUCGCUUAUAACGCUGCUAAUCAAGAUGACCCAAUCAAUUUAAUUGUAGUUGAAGGCGAUGGUCGUCCAGCUUGGAUGAAGUCUCUGCAUCAAACCGCUACCAACUGGCUUCAAGUGCUGCCCAAAGAACUACCCACCCUGCGUCGUACUGUUGAGAACAUAAAGGACCCGUUGUAUCGAUUCUUCGAACGGGAAGUUGCCGCCGGAGCCGAUCUAUUACAGCAAGUGUUGCAUGAUUUGAGAAACGUCAUUGCUAUUUGCCAGGGUGAAAUGAAACAAACAAACGAAACCCGUGCUAUGGUGGGAUCUCUGGUACGUGGUAUGUUACCAUCUGGAUGGAGACGGUACGCUGUAGCCAGGGGCUGCACCGUACAGCAAUGGGUCGAUGACUUCGCCCGUAGGGUUCUACAACUCGCCACCGUCUCUGAGACUGUUUGUGAACGCGGGGCUAAGCGUCUCCAGAGCAUCCCCGUGUGGCUUGGAGGUCUGCUUAACCCAGAGGCUUAUAUUACGGCGACUCGACAGUGUGUGGCACAGGCCAACUCUUGGUCCCUGGAAGAACUUAACUUACAGGUGACAAUUCCCGAUCCUGGCACAGAAAGUGAGAACGCUCAAACCGAGUGGUCCUUCAGCGUAACAGGGCUGAAGAUACAAGGCGCCACCGUCAAAGGAAACAGGCUGCUCCUCACAAACACUAUUAUGGUCGAUCUGCCGCUUACGGUUCUCACCUGGAUUCGCGGCCCGGAACCUGCAGGCUGCGGGCAAACACUGACGCUACCAGUGUACUUGAACAGCGCUCGCUCGGAGCUACUAUUCACCGUGCGUCUUCCGAUCGCGCCAGGACAAGAGCCCCACGCCUUCUACGAACGAGGAGUCGCACUACUUACGUCUACCGCACUUAACUAAACAUUUUGCUGCUAUUAUUGUUAUAAGGCAUUCUAUUGAAAUAUUUAUAUCCAUUUAUCUGCUUAAUGCACUUAUCAAUCAUUGUAUGUGGCUAAUGCUCUAUGUAGUAGAGUAAAUGAAAAUUAAAUAAAUUAUUCAAUA